UUGACCCCUAACUUCAGUACUACUAAACGAUAAAUAAUAUGUCAGACAUAAAAUGGACGAUCGAUUCGUGUUGCUACGCAAGUGUUCGGUAAGCGUCGUGAAUCAUCCUUCGUUGUUGAACUGACGCAACUUUCGCUACUUGCUUUAAUAAUACGUAUUAUGAGGUUCUUAAAUUUAAACCUUAAGAAUCAAAAAAUAGAGCACUUUUUUGUCUAACAAAACUUUGACCGUUUUUUAAUAUCAUGGUCCAGUAUAUAGCGCGGUUAGCGUCUACCUGACAGCUCCAUCCGUUCGCCGGCCGUAUUGUGCUAUUACCAAUUUACCGCCCAAAAUCCUUAUGAAGAAAAAAAAAACUCCAGCAGAGGCAGCAGAGGCGGUCGAGACAAGAUGGCUGAGGCUGCAUGAAGCUGGUAUUGUGAAUAUUGUGAUAAAGUUUUUAUUGUUACUGGACAUAGUAGAAAAUUAUAGCGAAGCCCGUCUCCAUUUGAAAAAAGCAGAAGAAACUUCCAAUUUGGAUUCUGAUGAGGAAGUAAGAAAAAGAAAAAGAAGACUAAAAAAAAUAUCCCUGCCAGAAGACUCUAACUCAGAAGAUGAAUACCCCAUUAUGAAGAUGUCAAAAACCCAGCAAAUAUAAAAAAAAAGAAAAUGAUUUAGUUAAAUAUCCAACUCCUCCUAAACCUAAAAUAAGUGCCAUGUUAGUAGCAGACACAAAUAAAAAUGCCAGUAAUUCCUCUAAAGAGAUGAAUUGUCAACACAACCCAGCUGUAGAAGGCCAUCUGUGUUCUAGUGGAGUUGAAGACCACGCAUAUGACAUUGUGCCUGAAGAAUUUAACAACUGUGCAGAAGUUAACAACCAUGGGGCAAUAAAUGGAAACUCUAUCAUUGUAUGUAGUCCCACUCAUACUCUAGCCUGCACAAAUAAUUUCUCGAACGGUAUCUCUGGCUGCUCCGUAAGCAAACAAUUUGGCAUGCAGCAGGCUCAUUUAAUUCAGGUCGUGACUGACUUGGCCAAACAAAUGUCUGAAUUGAAUAGAAAAGUUGACAUACUUUUAGGGACACAUACAGCAGAUAGCUUUAAUGCAUAUACACAAGAUAAUUUAGAAAUUUCUGAAUUAUUAGCUACUCUUCCAGUAAAGGAUGAUGCGAGUUUUUGUCAUUUCAAUGACCAGUUACAAAUAGUCCGGAACAAACAGGCAAUUGUAUCAUUUUUGGCUGGUAUUGGCGGUAGAAACAUUCGAAGUCUAACCACUAAUAUGUUGAAAAGAAUACUACAAGACGAAGUUGCCGAGCUAUAUUCCUUAACUGGAAAACAAAUGAAGAACUGCAAUAAAAAACCAUUUUUAAAGACAGAAACCUGUAAAAUAAUCUUUCAAAUCUGCAAGAAAGUUUACGAAGAUGCGACAGAAGAAAACCUGAAAGAAAUAAUUAGCGACUGGCUGAAUCAGGCUAAAGUUAGGACAACAAGAAGGGCAGAAAGACUAAACAGACAAGCAUAACCCUUAUAAAGGCAGAGGCGAUAUUUUAAACAUAGCUAAUAUGAGAAAAUGGAAGAAUCCUUCAGCAUUUUCAAUUGAGAAAACCAUUAUUAUAUAGUUGAUAUAUAUUGCUUUCGUACCUUAUACUUACUUUUUUCAUCAGUAUUUAAUUUUGGUGUUAAGAAAUCCACGGCAAUAAGUGGUCAAUUUAUGCACUACGCCUGUUAAGGAAGGUGAGUUAUCAUAUCACUGUUUUAAUAGAGAAUAUAUGUCAAAUCAAGUGUACUAAUAGGUAGAGUGCAUAUAUUUACCACGUGUUUUUUUUAAUUAUUUAGUUUUUUUUACUGUAGAUGUAUUCCCCAGUGUAUAACUGGGGUCUUAUUAAGGGAUAAAUAACGAGUCUGUGCAUUAAGUAACAAUACUGUAUGUUGGUACUCUUUAUAUAUUAUUAUUGCAUACUGACACCAGUCAGUUUAACCAAUAGUGCUUUAAUAGUUAUUUACGAUACAAGUGCAAAAAAUAGGAAAUUCGCAACGAGUGGUGAUAAAUUAAAAUACGACCGAAGGGAGUGUUUGAAAUCGACACUAGAUGCGAAUUACUGAUUCGCACGUGUAUCGUACAACGACCCAUAUGUACUGUAUAUGGGUCUUUAAAGUUUCGACAUAUGCACAGAAAGUGCUCAUUCCCGCACGCGUGCGGGAAAGUAGCACCAUAUGUACUGUAAAAUAAUAUGUUGUGUUCCAUACCUAAUAAAUACUGUAAUAAAAUCUUACACAAUUACCCAUGAAUAA